UCGCUCUCUCGGAGGCACGAUGUUAAGCUCUACGUGUAUUUCACAUCAAAGGGGAUUCACACAAGUUUCAACAGUUCAGUGGUGGGAGGCUGCCAGUGCCUGAACCGAUCCCUCCAAUGCACCAAAGCAAACAAACACUCUUGCCCUCGGAAGUUGCAUAUUUCCAUCAACAGCUCUGUGGAUAAAACGCGUCCGUUGCCUUUCUUUUCGAUUGAGCUCGAUAUGUCUGGAAGUAAGCUUCUUUGCGCUGUAGUUUUCUUAACUUCACUGGUUUGCUCAGCAUGCUCACCAAAGACAGGGUUUGUCCAUUCAGCUUCCUUAGAUGGGGAUGGGAGAUACAACAUUAAAUGGGGAUUUGACGAGUCAACGAUAUCGUUUGAAGCAGAAGUGGAAACGAAAGGAUAUAUAGGAUUUGGCUUGUCGCCAACCGGUGCGAUGGCUUCGUCUGAUAUCGUAAUAGGUGGUGUGCUGAACGGAAGUCCAUAUCUACUGGACUAUUUCACAGACUCAAGCAGAAAGGUCCAUAAAGACCCAGUCCAGAGCUACCAGCUGCUGUAUGGAAGGGAAAAUGAUACACAUACUGUCCUGGCUUUCAGCAGAAACAUUCAGACAUGUGAUGACAAUGACAAAGUCAUUACGGGCAGUACGGUGAGAGUGAUCUGGGCGUUCCACGAGGAGGACGUGGGUGCAUCAGGGCCGGUCUACCACGGGAUGAACAGGGGAAGAAAGAGCCUACGGUUACUUAACCCAGGAACCAGCUCCAGCAUCCCAGCAGGAACAGCUUUCUUUGACCUUCAAAAUGAGAAGGUUCAUGUGCCUGAUAAGGAGACAACGUACUGGUGCCGAAUAUUUAAAUUCCCAGAGAUGAAGAGGAAACAUCAUGUAAUCAGAAUUGAGCCGUUGAUUCAGAAGGGUCAUGAGAAUCUGGUCCAUCACAUUCUGCUUUACCAGUGUGAUAGCAAUCUGAACAAAAGUGAGAUCAACAGAGAACAUGAAUGCUAUCAUCCAAACAUGCCAGACUCCUUUUUCACCUGCGAAACCAUCCUGUUCGCUUGGGCUAUCGGGGGAGAGGGCUUCACCUAUCCUCCACAUGUUGGAAUGUCUAUAGGAACCUCAAUAGAUCCAGUAUUGGUACAGAUGGAAGUUCACUUUGAUAAUCCAUCUUUACAAAAAGGAAAAGUGGACAGCUCAGGUCUGCGCCUGUACUUUAGCCCCAACCUGAGGCGUUAUGAUGCUGGGGUCAUCGAGACAGGAGUGUGGGUCAGUCUCUAUCACAUGCUCCCGCCAGGCAUGCAGGAUUAUAUUACAGAAGGACACUGCACACAGGAGUGUCUACAGGAGUCAUUAAACAGUGAGAUGCCCAGUGGAGUUCAUGUGUUUGCAGUGCUGCUUCAUGCUCACCUGGCAGGCCGGGCUAUCAGGGCACGACAUUUCCGCCAGCAGGUCGAGCUCCCGCCGCUGGCCUCAGAUGACCAGUUUGAUUUCAACUUCCAAGAGUUCCAGCCGCUCAGCCAGGAGAGACUCAUUUUACCUGGGGAUUCUCUAAUCACAGAAUGUAGAUAUAACACCAAAGGCAGAAUGAACAUGACUUGGGGAGGUCUCAGUGCUCGGGAUGAGAUGUGUUUGUCAUACCUGAUUUACUACCCCAGGGUCAACCUAGCCAGGUGCGAGAGUUUACCAGAAAUUACCGGCCAGCUCAAAUUCAUCGGGGUCAAAGAGAUUCAGGAACCUGUUACAACGUGGCCCUUUGUGAUUAAAAGUCCUAAGAAAUUCAGCAAUUUGUCCUUCACGGAGGCAAUGGAUAAAUACAGGUGGACAAGGAAGAGAGGAAAAGAGUUUAAUGAAGUUGUUCGGAAACUCCCCAUGAAUGUCCGCUGCUCUAAGAUCGGCCAGGAUGAGUGGUCGAUUCAAGGCAUGAUCGUCUCUCCACCCGAGCUGAAGUCAGAGCAGACGUCUGAGGAUGUUCUGCCCUGUAGAAAUGUCUCAGAGUCCCAGUUUGAAAGUUUCCUAACCGUGUUCCUCGCUGCAUGUCUUCUGCUCAUACUACAGACACACUUACACCUCUAAUAUCUGCUGUCAUCUCAGUUCUCUAAAUCUCUAUAUACAUUACACAAGGUCCCACCGGCCCCAGUGUUUACCAUCAGAACACGGCACAGUAAAGCUGGUUUACAUAUUGGAGACACUAUAGUGUAACUGCACUGUGAUUCAUUCUUAUUUAGCCUCAGUCAAGUUUUUACUAACCCUCUGGAUGUAUUCAUGCUCCUCAUAAAAAAUCAUUUGAUUCAUGUACACGGCAUCAUUAAACGAGGGUCUCUCUCUUUAAAUCAUCAUAAUCUCACUACGUAUCUGAAAUAGAUGAUAAUAACGCUCACCACAGUGUCUAACCUGUUGUGAUUGCAAAGCGGUUUAGGACAAAGUUAAACCUGCACUAAAAAUUCAGUACAGUCUAACACAAGCAAAUGCUUUUAGUGAAGAGUUCUGUUCCUCUCAUAAGCUACAAAAAAAUGUGUUUCAUAAAUGAAUUAUGGCAUUUUAUUCAAAACCAUAAACGUUUUAUAUGAUGUCUGUAUCUCUUAA